ACUGAACCGGAAGCACUUUGUUCCGUUACAUCCUGUGGAGUAAGGAUACACAUUUGAAAUGGUUUAUGGCUUGAUACUUUACGUUAAAUAAAAUCUCCCAAAUGUCAGCAAAAUGAAUUACAUGCCAGGGACUGCAAGCCUCAUCGAGGAUAUUGAUAAAAAACAUCUUGUUCUCCUUCGCGAUGGAAGAACGUUGAUUGGGAUCCUCAGAAGCAUAGAUCAGUUUGCUAAUUUAGUUUUGCAUCAAACGGUUGAACGCAUCCAUGUAGGUAAAAAAUUUGGCGACAUACCUCGUGGGAUAUUUGUCGUCAGAGGAGAAAAUGUUGUCUUGCUGGGAGAAGUAGAUUUGGAUAAAGAAUGUGAUCAGAUUCUCCAGAGAGUUUCUAUUGAGGAAAUACUGGAGGAACAGAGGACAGAACAACAAGCCAAGCAGGAGUCCGAGAGGCUAAAGCUACAGGCUGUAAAGGAGCGGGGGUUAUCAAUCCCUAAAGCUGACACACUAGAUGAUUUCUGAAAGUGUAGUUUUCUUUUGAUGAUUUUAUUUCUGUUUUAUUGGAUUCUUAUGUUUGGUUUGACACAACGGUCUAUCUUUGACUUUCAAAUGACUCUGUCAUGAUUGUUUGACAUGGGAGUGAGUCUCACAAGAUUGUGACGUUUUUGUUUCUAGUAGUUGCUGUUAAAGCACUUAUUGAGAAUUGCUCACCAUGUUUGUUUCUAUAUGUGAUGGAUGCCAUAUUGAAAUAGAUGGACCAAACUGAAGCACUUGGCCUGUUGGCUUUUAGUUUAAAAUUUAUAAGCAACAAUAAUGAAAAACAAGAAAGUUUAUUUCAGUGUUUACUAUGUUAUUGGUAUAAUGGUAUGAUUAAGUUGAUAUACUAUGUAAACUUGCAACACUGAAAUUAUUUUUGUUCUAUUAAACCUAUUUUAUACUGA